AUGGGUAAAAGAAGAAGAGCUGCUAUUUUACCAACUAACAUUAUUUUGUUACAAAAUGUUGUUCGUCGUGAUCCAGAAUCGUAUUAUGAAGAAUUCGUACAACAAUAUUCUCAUUACGAAUCUUUGAGAGAUAUCUUUUUAAUGAACCCUUCAGGAGCUAGUAAGGGAACUGAAUUUGGUGAGUUGAUUGGUUUUGUUUCAGCGGUGUGUGAUUGUUAUCCAAAAGAAACGAGCAACUAUCCUGAUGAAUUGAAGAAUCUUUUAUUGAACAAUCACAGAGAUUUAUCACCAGAAUUAAGGGAAAAAAUUAUUCAAUGUUUAACUAUGUUAAGAAACAAGGGUACUGUUUCGGCAGAAUCCUUGAUUCAAACAAUUUUUCCAUUGUUAUCCGCAUAUAGUAAUUCAUCUGCUGCUUCAGUGAGUGGCCAACACAUCAAAGCUUUAAGACAUCAAAUUUACAGUACAUUGAUUUCACUUUUAAAAUCGGUAAAUACUGGAGCCAAAAACCAGAAAUUAAACAGAUCUACUCAAGCUUUAUUAUUUAAUUUAUUAGAACAAAGAGAUGCACAAGGAUUAUGGGCUACAAAAUUAACUAGAGAAUUAUGGAGAAGAGGUAUCUGGGAUGAUUCUAGAACAGUAGAAAUCAUGACACAAGCUGCUUUGCACCCUGAUGUUAAGGUGGCUAUAGCAGGUACUAAAUUCUUUUUGGGUGCUGAUAAAGAAAGGGAAGAAAAUUUUGAAGAUGACAGUUCAGAUGAUGAAAGGUUUGAUAUGGGAGCAUUAAAACAUAGAAUGCAAAUCCAAAAGAAAUCGCUUAAGAAAACUAAAAAGUUAGAACAGGCAGUGAAAACAAUUAAAAAGAAAAGCAAUGCUAAACAAUCUACAACAUAUUUGAAUUUUUCGGCUAUUCAUUUGUUAAGAGAUCCUCAAGGAUUUGCUGAACAAUUGUUCGAGAAACACUUGAGUGGAAAAAAUUCUAAUAGAUUUGAUUUAGAUCAAAAAAUCAUGUUUAUGAACUUGAUUUCCAGAUUAAUUGGUACGCAUAAGUUAACUGUUCUUGGAAUAUAUUCAUUCUUCUUAAAGUAUUUAACUCCAAAACAAAGAAAUGUUACUCAAAUUAUGGCUGCUGCUGCGCAAGCAUCCCAUGAUUUGGUCCCUCCAGAAUCAAUUUCAACUGUUGUUCGUAAGAUUGCCGAUGAGUUCGUUAGUGAUGGUGUUGCAACGGAAGUUGCAUCUGCAGGUAUUAACACUAUUAGAGAAAUCUUAUCGAGGGCACCUUUGGCUAUUGAUGCUACAUUAUUACAAGAUUUAACGGAAUAUAAGGGAUCUAAAGCUAAGGCAGUUAUGCUGGCUGCAAGAUCUUUAAUUACGUUGUAUAGAGAAGUUGCACCACAAAUGUUAUUAAAGAAAGAUAGAGGUAAAACAGCAAGUAUGGGAUUACAAUCAGGAGAAAAGAAUAAAGGACCUCAAUUCGGGGUUGAAGGUUCUGUCGUUACUUCUAUUCCAGGUAUUGAAUUAUUGGCCAAAUGGAAGCAAGAAAAUGGAAAUGGCGAAGAUGAUGAAAACAACUUAGAAAACUGGGAAGUGGAAGAAGGUAAUACAAGCGAUAUCGAAGGUGAUUGGGUUACAGUCGAAUCUGACAAGGAGUAUGAUAUUAGUGACUCUGAAGAUGAGAAGGAUGUUAAGGAAGAUGAUGCUAAACCACAAGAUGAAGACGAUUCAGAAUUGGAUCUUUCUUCUGAUGAACAAGAUGAGGGCGAAAAGGAUGAUGAUGAGGAAGAUAGACCCGCUAAGAAAUUGAAGACCACAGACAAUUCGGAAGAAAAGAAAGAAGAUGCUAUGGAUGCAGAAAAAGCAAUGGCUGAAUUAUUGUCUAGUAGAAUAUUAACUCCAGCGGAUUUUGCAAAAUUAGAAGAAUUGAAAGUCCAAGCAGGUGUGGAAAAGGCAUUGGGUAUUAAGCACAACGAAGAAGAAGUGGAUUCGACAACUUUGGUUGGUAAAGUUAAAUACAAGCAAUUACGUGAAGAGAGAAUUGCACAAGCUAGAGAAGGUAAAGACGACCGUGAAAAGUUUGGUUCUAGAAGAGGUAAGAGAGAUGCUCCUCACUCUACCACUAAUAGAGAGAAGGCAAGAAAGAAGAAUUUCGUUAUGAUGAUUCAUAAAAAAUCUGUCCAAGGUAAACAAAAGUUGUCAUUACGUGAUAGGCAAAAGGUUUUACGUGCUCAUAUCACCAAGCAGAAGAAACAAGGUCAUUAA